GCGUCCGACAGUAACUUACCGUUUGCGGAUAUAAAACAAAUGGAUGGGGAGAGCCGUAAACUAACACCUACCUGUCGCAAAAUUGUCCGUUGCUUAUUUUAUAAAACAGCAAUUUUAUUGUAGUAAACUCCACAAAUAGUUCAUGCCAAAAUUGAUUUUUUUUUUAAUGUAAAUCAUAUGGAAGAUUAGCGGAAAAACGACCAAUUUAUUAAGUGAUUAGCUGUUUCCAGACAAAACCAGUUUAUUAAGGACAGGGAAGCAUCUCCUCCAUAGUCAUCCAUUAAAAAACGGCCUCUUGUCUCCUCGCCAGAUUGUCUAUUUGACAGUCGCGUUAUGCUAAUGUUUGCUAAGCUUGUAGGAUCCCUUAGUAGAAGGGCUGUGUUGUAAAAACACAGCUCUGCCUCUGUCAAGUCCUUAGCCUGCGCGAGGAGCACCAAUUUCAGUACAAACACUGCUGCCUGACUUAGUUUCGCAAGUUUCUAUGGUAUUUGCUUAUUGCAAAAAUAAUGGAUUUGUGUUGGUGGUCAUGUCUGAUUCUCACCGGGAUCGGAGUUUAUUUACUAACGCAACUCAUUCGCUUCAUCUUCGCUGACGCUGAUCUGACUUUAUUAUGGGCGGCCAAAGUCGGCAACACACCAGAGUCAAAGUUGCGAGGGAAAGUGGUUUGGAUUACCGGAGCCUCCAGUGGCAUCGGGGAAGAGUUGGCCUAUCAGCUCGCAGCUCUUGGUGCUCGGCUAGUGCUGUCUUCCCGCAGGGAGAAUGAGCUGGAGAGGGUAAAGCGCUCAUGCUUAGAGCACUCUCUAAAGGAUGAAGAUAUUCUUGUACUUCCACUCGAUUUGAUGGACCGUACAUCACAUCAAGAAAAAACUGCUACAGUUCUGGAGCACUUUGGUGAUAUAGAUGUACUGAUAAAUAACGGUGGUCGGAGCCAGCGUUCGCUGUGUAUGGACACUGAAGUGGAUGUGUAUCAGGCACUUAUGGAGCUCAAUUACCUGGGCACCAUAUCUGUCACUAAGCAGGUGCUUCCUCACAUGGCUCGUCGUGGUACUGGUAUCAUAGCAACCGUCAGUAGCGUUGUAGGCUUUGUAGGUGCACCGCUGGCAACUGGGUAUUCAGCAAGCAAGCAUGCAGUGCAGGGUUUCUUUAACAGUUUGAGAACAGAACUCACUGAUUAUCCAAACAUCACAAUCAGUACUGUCUGCCCUGGACCUGUAAUAUCAAGCAUUGUUCAGAAUGCAUUCACUGAGGAGCUGAGCAAGCCUGUGUCUUCAGCUGGUGAUCAAACACAUAAGAUGUCAACAGAGCGCUGUGCCCACCUCAUUUUGGUAGGUCUGGCCAAUCAUGUGAAAGAGAUGUGGAUUGCUCAACAGCCCUUUCUACUGUUCUGCUAUAUGUGGCAGUACACUCCCACUCUGGCCUGGUACAUCACAAACAUUCUUGGCAGAAAACGUGUGCAGAACUUCAAAGCAGGACUGGAUGCUGACUCUGCAUACUUCACCAAGCCAAAGGUCAAGAUUAACUGAACAUUUAUCUUCAUCUUAUUCUAAAGAAGCACUGAUUUGUGAAUACCUGAACAUUAAUUUGCAGAAAGAUUUUACUUUCAAAAAUGAGCAUCAG